GCCCACGGCCGGCCGGGAGCGCCGCUCCCCCGGCAGUCCCGCUGCCCCCAUGAUGACCGCCAAGGCGGUAGACAAGAUCCCGGUGACCCUCGGUGGGUUCGUGCACCAGCUCCCCGAGGGCAUUUACCCCGCGGAUGACAUCUCCGCCGCGCUGCCAACUUCGGUCGCGAUCUUCCCCAAUGCCGACCUGGCAGGGCCGUUCGACCAGAUGAGCGGUGUGGCAGGAGACGGCAUGAUCAACGUGGACAUGGGUGACAAGCGGGCCCUGGACCUGCCCUACGGUGGCGGCUUCGCGCCCAACGCCCCGGCUUCCCGAAAUCAGACCUUCACCUACAUGGGCAAAUUCUCCAUCGACCCACAGUACCCUGGCGCCGGUUGCUACCCCGAGGGCAUCAUCAACAUCGUGAGCGCGGGGAUCCUGCAGGGGGUCAGCACGCCCUCCUCCGCCGCCUCCUCCGCCGCCUCCGCCGCCUCCUCGGCCACCGCCGCCUCCGCCACCUCCCCCAACCCGCUGGCCGGGGCCCUCGGUUGCACCACGGCACAGGGCCAGCCAGCCGACCUGGAGCAUCUCUACUCGCCGCCGCCCUACUCGGGCUGCGGUGACCUGUACCCGCAAGACCCCUCCUCGGCUUUCCUGCCCGCCGCCGGCGGCGGGGCACUGCCUUUUCCCCCGCCGCCCUCCUACCCUUCACCGAAGGCGGCGACGGCCGACGGCGGGCUCUUCACCAUGAUCCCCGAGUACGGCGGCUUCUUCCCGCCGCCUCAGUGCCAGCGGGAGCUCCAUGCCGGCCCCGACCGCAAGCCUUUCCCCUGCCCCCUCGACUCGCUCCGCGUCCCGCCACCCCUCACGCCGCUUUCCACCAUCCGCAACUUCACGAUGGGGGCGCCCCCGGCGGGCGCCGCCCCCGGCAGCGCUCCCGGCAGCGGCGGGGGCGAGAGUGCGGGAGCCCGGCUGCCCGCCGGCGCCUACAGCCCGCACCAUCUGCCGCUGCGGCCCAUUCUGCGACCUCGCAAGUACCCCAAUCGGCCCAGCAAGACGCCGGUCCACGAGCGGCCCUACCCGUGCCCCGCCGAGGGUUGCGACCGCCGCUUCUCCCGCUCCGACGAGCUCACCCGGCACAUCCGCAUCCAUACGGGCCACAAGCCCUUCCAGUGCCGUAUCUGCAUGCGGAACUUCAGCCGCAGCGACCACCUCACCACCCAUAUCCGCACGCACACCGGCGAGAAACCCUUCGCCUGCGACUUCUGCGGCAGGAAGUUCGCCCGCUCCGACGAGAGGAAGCGGCACACCAAGAUUCACCUGCGCCAGAAGGAACGGAAAGGAGCCGCCGCCGCCGCCGGCGGAUGCCCGCAAUCCGCCGGCGGGAGCGGCACCGCAGCCCUGGCCCCGUGCGCGGCGCGGACGCGGACGCCCUGA